AUGUCUGAUGAGAGAGGUACAGAAGGGGAGGGCGUUGUGCUGCCCAAAAAACUGGAUAACCGCUGGUUUAGAGAGGCGUACGAAGCGGCCCUUAAAUUUUACGAGAGGGAUAAAGUGCUGGAUGCUCGUGACAGGCUGGAUCUGUCCAAUUCGUACGCGUCAAUUGCACGAUACCAGGCGGCGUCUGCAUGGGCUGGGUUUGGGGCCGUUUUUGCGCCGCCGUUUGCGAUUCGGUACUACAACACUGGGUCGGUGAAGGGAGUCAAGGUGCCGCGGAAUUUCAUGUUUGGGAUUGUUGGCAUGUUUGUUGCCUCGUACCUGGCCGGGGAUUGGGCUUACAAGAGGGAAUUGAACGCAUUGGAUCCCGAGGGGAAGUUUUCGGGCAAGAACAGUUACGGCGAUGACGAAUUGAACGCUGGAGAUGCCCUCAAGGUUGUCCCUCGAGAGGAGCGGAAAUACGAUAUGAUGGCGUUGUUGAAAAACGGCGGGAGUUCCAAGUGGGCGUCGUAUUUCUACACCACGUAUUUGCACCCGGAAAAAGUGUUCCCGGAUCCGAAAGUCAAACUCGAACAGUUCACGGGCAACUUGCCCCAAUUGUCCCCCUUCAUGCACCAGAGAGAUCCCAUGGGGCUCCAUUCAACUGCGACCAAGUUGGGCCAUUCAAAGGAGAAUGGAAGAGCUGAAACAGGUUCUGGAGCCAUGCUCAACUCACCAGGGGAUGCUUGGUCAAAAGUGAGAGAGGGGAAUGUUAAGAAGGAAAACGAUGCAGACGACCCUCUCUCGUCGUCUUCAAGUUGGGGUAAAAUCAGACGAGAAAAUUUCGAUGAGGACGGCAGAGUGCUGGAUACUGGUGCCGACAGUGCGGAAGAAGAUAUUUUCUCGUCUCCACUAAGCGAGGAUAAGGGACAGCAGGCGUACUCGAUUGAACGACCAUCUCAAGACGACUUUGACAAGUUACUAGAAAAUGAAAGACAUCCUAAAGACUAG